AUGUCUCGGCCACUUGCUGCUCCUGUGUCUUUUCUUCCUCGAAAUGUGCAUUUCUGGAAUGGUCAGACUGGAGAUUAUCUUGGUGGUGUAUGGCAAGAAGGGUCAAUCACCAAUCAUGAUUUUUUUAUGAUGCUCAACAUUAUCCUCAUUGUUGAGGUUCCUCCCACCGCCUUAUUCAAACCAGCUGGCCAAAUUAUUCAACAAGAUGGCCAGCCAUUGAGCCCUGGCAAUUAUGUUAUCAAUGUCACAUCAGGAUCCAUCACACUAAACGAUGAGCCAGUUUUCCGACGCAUCCUCUCUCAUAACAUCACUGGAAGGGAGGAUUCAUUCACUGAAGAUAUUCGUUCCCGAGACAAAAAAUGUGUUCUUUCUGGUCUCCCAUGCAGAAAUUGGCAUGUUGGCAUUUGGCAUGGAUUUGAAGCUGCCCAUAUCUUUCCUAUUGGGAAAGAAACCCUUUGGAACCAUGGGGGGUAUAAUCGUUGGAUCACAAAUACAGCUACAGGGAGACAUAGAUCUUCAAUCAACUCGAUCCAGAACGGAUUUUUGAUGGAUAUCCACCUACACACGUCUUUCGACCAGUUUCAUGUCUCCGCCAAUCCUGACAACGGAUACAAGAUCACCGAAUUCAUUCCUAGCUCUCGUCCUGUUGAUGGCAAGAUACUUGACCCUGUUUGCCGCGAUCCCACCAAUCCAAACAGUGUGUCUGUCCAUCUCCUACGAUGGCAUUUCCGCCAGAGCGUCCUAACAACCAUGAGAGGGGCCGGAGAGCCCUCCUGGGAUGAGGACUUUCCCCCAGGAAGAGAUAUGAUGGGAGUCAUUCGAUCUGGCCCACUCCCCGCAGAAAGAAUGGAAGUCGAGCUGUUCAGUCGACUUGGAAGUUUGGAGUUCCAACAAGCUCAAGAUGAGGAGCGACCUGAACUCAGAGGAUCUGAUGCUUGA